AUCAGCAGCAGCAGCAGGUUUGGGUGAGAGGCGGCGGAGGCAAUCGGGAGAAACCGAGAGUGUCCGAGGACGAAGGCGAGUGGGAGGUCGGCGCGGCAGCUCGAUUUUUGUUGCUUCAGCUGUUCAGGGUUGGGGACAGCAGGAACUCUGCAGGAUUGGAAAGCAGUUUAUCAGACAGACAUAAGCUCCAUGUGACGCAGCAAGUCUCUACCUGCCCCUGAGUCAUUACAAGAAACAUGUCUCUGGAUAAAGUGCCUGUCUUCACAAGAAUCUCUCGCAGAAGCCUAAAGGACAGGAUGAAUGGGGUUUCUGUUAAAUUGGAGAGUCUGCCAAGGAGUUGGUACGAAGAGACGGAGAAAAUAAAUCACAUGGGAAGUGCCAGGAAGAAUCGGAAAAUGUCAUUGGAGGAACCAGAGAAAGAUUCUGGUUUUUCAGACACGAGUUCAGACUAUCUGAGUACACUGGAACAGACCGACUUGGAGGAUCCACCUUCGCAAAAGAGGCCAGCUGUGUCAAACCACAUGGAGAGAACAACAGCUGUACAGAGCUCACUUUCCAGCCUGACUCCUGUAUACAUUGUGAAGAAUGUUCUUCUUAAAGAGCCUCUGUCCGUUCCAACAAGGAGUCAGCUUGUCCAAGCCCAGCUACAGACCUGGGGAAGUCAGCACUCCCUCGGGACGUCAGGCCAGACCCGAGUGGUCUUCAUCGGACAGCCUUUGGCAGCUUCUUUUAAACCGCAGAAGAUUGAGGCAAAGGCUGGGACAGGGAAAGAUACCUAUCUUCCGAUCUUAAACUCCUACCCAAGGAUAGCGCCUCACCCAGACAAAAGCCGGGAUGACAACAGUAGCCGGGGUCAGGAAGGGAACUCUCCGGCUCAGGACGACAGGACUGCAGAUCACAGCAAGAGCAAACGUUUAUGCCUGGACGAGUUGGGAGAACCCCCGCAGGAAUAUCACCGAAACAAGCAAACCUCGCACGUCCCACCAGUGGGCCACUGCCAGCAAGCUGAGAACACGCAGCAGACACCCCCUUUUGGGCCAGCGCACUUUUACACUCAGUUUGAUGACUCCGUCUCCCCAUCACCAGUAGUUUCUCCGAAUCCUGUUCUCCAGUCUGAAUCCUCUGAAUCUGUGCAUUCAUCAUCGUCAUCAUCCUCCCCUGCCUCCACAUUUUCCCAUGCUUCCAGUGCCCAGUCACUCUGUAGUGACACCACCCGACUGGCUGACAGAGGCCCCAGGCGACCAGUCUCCAGUCCUGCCAAGGAACGGCGCUUCCGCAAUACGGUGGAGAUCCUGAGUAGGUCAGGGCUACUGGAGAUUACGCUGAAAACCAAGGACCUCAUCCGGCAGAACAAUGGCACCCAGCAGCAGAUUGAUGAACUGAAGGAGCACGUCCGGCUCUUCUGCAGCGCUGCCCAGAGCCGAGACCCACGGGCACUGCUGAGGCUCCAGGAGACAAUGAAAUGCUCUGGGAAUUAUGCAUCGGUGACCAGUGCUCCCUCUUCCUGCUCGGCCACAAAUCAGCCACUUCAAGCCACUGCUGAGCAGGCACCACUACUUUAACCAAGAAUCUUCAAAAUAAAGGCCUUGUGUUAGUGGAGGGAAUGAGUCAGAAACUGGAGUUCAGCUCUCAUCUCAGUGAAUGAUGGAAUGGUUUCAAGGGGCUAUAUUUUUCAUUAUUCCGUGGGACGUGGGUGCUAUUGGUAACUCUUGGAUGCUGCCUGAACUGUUGUGCUCUUCCAGCACCACUAACCCAGAAUCUGGUUUCCGGCAUCUGCAGUCAUUGUUUUUUACCCCGCUAUUGGUGUUGCCUAUCCCUAAUUGACCCUGACCUGAAUGACUUGCUGUGCAAUUUCUGAGCACAGUUUAAAAAUUAACUACAGUCACUGUGGAUCUGGAGUCCCAUGUAGACCAGACUAGUUAAAGACACCAUCGUUUGAUCCCUAAAGGACGUUUGUGAAUCAGAUUUUUAUGACAGUGGUCUCAUGGCCUCCAUUACCAGGACUAGCUUCUUUUUCGUUUCAUUAGCUGCCCCGGUGGGACUUGAACUGAAAUUCCCCAGCAUUUUAACGUGGGUGUUUUGAUUACUACUGUUUCAUUGCCACUACACCACUGUGCACUACAUAUCGAAGGACAACCACUCAUACCUGUAACUGCCUCCCACAAAACAUGCCAUGCAUAUUUAGAUGUAAAUGUCACAGAUUCCAGAUUUUUAAAACAAAAAUUCACCUUUUAUGAUGUUUUCACUUUUAUUUUGUGAAAAGAUAGUUUGGGCUCGGCAGAAAUGUAUUUUACUUGCUGUAACUACUGGGUUAUCUGAAGAACUGUUGUUGUUUUGACUGGUACCCUGGUAGUUCUGUGCAGUUUGCUGGGAGAGACACCUGAAUAACUUGCAAUUCUACUCUUUGAUGGCUCCAAUUUGGAGUAGUAGUGCUGUGUGAACUGGAUGCAUGCUAACAUACUCGACACACACAGACACACACAUACACCUCCCACCCACCCCUUGAUGUGGCUCAGCAAUCCGAAGAUUUAACUUCAGGUGGUUCAGUACACGUGUUGACACUGCCAGUGCAGUAUUGAGGCAGAGUCACAAUGCCAGAUAGGCUGUCCGUUGCGUGAGACUUUAAAGUGAGACCCCACAUGUCCCCUCACACAGGUGAGAAAGAUCCCUGGCCUCUAAUGGAAGGGCAAGGGGAGUCCUGUCAUCACACUGCACUAAAACCCUGGUUGACCGACUGAUCUCGCUGUGGUUUGUGUUCACAAUAUGAUUAUAAUGCCUUGUUGUAAUAAACCACUGAAAGUCAAUAAAUGGACAGGGGUGUUUUCUGACCAGGGUAAUAAACUGUUGUGUUUAAUGCAAGAUUG